AUGGCCUCACCAAUUGAGUCUACAGCAUCACUUUCGGUCGACGUAACCCUCGACCACCCAAACCGUCUGUUUGCACCUGGCGACACUAUCACUGGGAGUGUUAAUGGAUGGACGGGCGAAGCUUAUCUGGAUGUCUCUCUACAAGGACGCAGUGAAUCAUUCAUCCAGCCUGGAAACGGCGGGGCCAAGAAGGAUCGAUCACUGCUAAUCUAUCAAACAACCCGUUUCGAGCCAUCCGACUACGUGGAAUCUCCCAAAUUUUCACUCACCAUACCCUUAUCCGUAGAGAAAAACCCUGCGGAUCUAGCCAAGAAGAUUCACAGUGGACGCUCGUACUGGAGGCACUCUUGGCUAGAAGAAGAUGAUGCCUUUGAGAGCUCAGGAGGACAUCGGUUGCCGCCAUCCAUGAGCGUGCCGCGUCGACAACCCAGCCAAAACGACCCGAUGGCUGGAUGGUGUCAUAUUCAAUAUUCAGUGACUGCUACCAUCUCAAAGGGAAAGGGCGAAGGCGACGACGACAAAACCUCGUCAUAUCCGGAAACAGUGCGAAUUUCUGGACCCCCCGUGACUGUCCAAGAGCUCGAGCCAUUCAAAGGAGUAAUGCGAAAGGGACAGAGACAGUUCUGCAUGGACAGAAAAGAGCCUAAGAAACAAAAGACCUUCUCGUCGCGUUUGAGAAGUGCACUGAAUAUAUAUCCACUGCUCUGGCUCGCACCGACUAUCAUCGUCCCAAGAAACGCUGUUAUAGGAGACGACAUCAAAAUAUCCAUCCAGCUGCAACUGUCACCGGCGGAAUACAGAUUUGACCUUCCCCCGAUAUCUCUCCAUCAAGUCACCGCACAGAUUCGUGAUACUGCGGGCAUUCGUGGGACGCGGUCUGCUCUGGGUGUUACGCCCAGGAUUCCACAUUCGUGUAUUCCGACGUUCAAGACAUACAAUUUGUACAUGAAAUGGAAUGUCGCUGUGCAAAUGGUGCUCAGGGCCAUGGGUCAAGAGCAGAUAGAAGAGGUUGAAUGUGAAAUUGACCUCAUCCCACGGCUCAGAGGUAUAACGACGGACAAGACGCUGGAGGAGGAGGAUGUCGAUCCGGAAGCACCAGGCGCUGAUCAGAGUUCUGGACCAUCAUUAGGUAUUUCGGACGCGAUUGAUGCAGUAGGAUCAAUAGUAGGGCUUUUACAGAACUUCUCAAGCUAG